AUGAGUUCACGGUCAUGGCUUCUUAUGUUCGUAAUUGCUGCAACUCUCACCACAAUUUGCAGAAAAGUUGAGUCAGCAUAUGAAGCUGAUAAGAUUGUGAAGCUGCCAGGGCAGCCAGAGGUUAGUUUCCAGCAGUAUGCCGGGUACGUGACUGUUGAUGAAACCCAGAAGAGGGAACUUUUCUACUACUUCGUUGAAGCUGCAACCAACUCCAGUACCAAGCCUCUUGUUCUCUGGCUCAAUGGAGGACCUGGAUGCUCUUCCAUUGGAGCUGGAGCUUUCUCUGAACACGGCCCUUUCCAGCCAAAUGCAGCAGGGGUUCUGGUCCACAAUGACUACAGUUGGAACACAGAAGCAAACAUGCUGUACUUGGAAUCCCCAGCAGGAGUUGGCUUCUCGUAUUCUGCCAACACCUCUUUCUAUAACUUGGUUAAUGACACCAUAACAGCUAAAGACAGCUUGGCCUUCCUACAAAGAUGGCUACUCAAGUUUCCUGAAUACAAAACCAGAGAUCUUUUCAUCACCGGAGAAAGUUAUGCUGGACACUACGUCCCGCAGCUAGCCCAGCUAAUUGUAGAGUCGGGAUCAAAAAUCAGCUUGAAAGGCAUUGCUAUAGGGAACCCAUUGUUGGAGUUCGACACAGAUUUCAAUGGGGAAGGAAGUUACUACUGGUCUCACAGCUUGAUAUCGGACCACACCUAUCAGCUUGUGAAUACAAUGUGCAACUUCUCCCAGCUCACGAGAGAAAGCUUGUCGUCAUCGAGCAGCUUUUCCAAGCCGUGUGAGUUCGUUGCAGCUCAGAUUAACGCAGAAUGGCCCCACAUAAACUUCGACAGCUAUGAUGUCACUUCUGAUGUGUGUUUGUUAGAUGGUGAAUCACAAUUUGGUUCACAGGAACAACACUCUUCAUUAGCUUCUCGUUUCCAUCCAGUUUCAUCACUUAGGUCCAAACAAAGUGGUGUCAGAAAGCAGGAAGCUGGUGGGAAGUCAAUAGACCUUUGUGUACAAGGUGAGACAUCCACGUAUUUGAACAGGAAAGAUGUCCAAGAAGCUAUGCAUGCCAAGCUUGUUGGCGUCUCUAGUUGGGGUUUCUGCAGCGAUCUGGUGAAUUAUGAUUACUACAAUCUGGAGAUUCCAACGAUUGGAGUGGUGGGUUCAUUGGUGGGAUCGGGAGUUCGAGCACUAGUGUACAGCGGGGAUCAAGAUUCGGUUCUCCCAUUCAUCGGGACGAGGAUUCUGGUGAAUCGUUUGGCAAAAGAGAUGGGGUUGAAUACAACCGUGCCAUACAAGGCAUGGUUUGAUUUUGACAAACAGGUGGGUGGAUGGACCCAAGUUUAUGGGGAGAACAAUAAGUUGUCAUUUGCAACAAUCCGAGGAGCCUCUCACAUGGCUCCAUUCUCCUCUCCCAAGAGAUCACUCGCACUGUUUGCAGCAUUUGUUGCUGGGAGACCAUUGGCAGCUUGA